AUGGCGCAGGCCAGCGAGCCAACUCCACGGCAGUCCGAUUCUGAGGUGGCCUCAAUAUCCGCUGCAGACUCUCUGCAGCACAUGGCCUGGGUGGAUAUAGGGCUGAUGGCCCCGAGAAAGGAAGAUGUGCUGGUAGUGUGGGAUGUCAUGGAGGAUGUGGGAUUACAAAUUGAGGUGGAGGCAGGGCAGCAGCAGGAAGAGAAUUUUGCUAGAGAAUUACCUGAGGUGGCCUGGCCGGCAGAGGCAGCAAGGAGCCUCCCAAAUCUCCGUUCUCCAAUGGAGGAGCUACAGGAUAUCCAAUCCCAGCUGAGUUCAUUGAGCUCCAGAGCUAGCCGGGAGUUUGCUCUCCUGAAGAAGAAAAUAGCCCAGAAGUGCAGAUACUAUUUCGAUCGCAGACGGGCUAUCAUCCAGGCCAUCCCUGGAUUUUGGGCUAAAGUUAUAAUAAGUCAUCCACAGAUAUCGGCCAUCAUCACUGACCAAGAUGAAGACUUGCUCAAAUACAUGUUGAGUUUAGAGGUGGAAGAAGUGAACCAUGGCAAAGACCUACGCAGGGUUGUAUUUUACUUUUGUGACAACCCUUACUUCCGUAACAGUGUGAUCAGAAAAGAAUACAAGCUCAGCAUCAUAGGAUAUGAGGAGUCUGCUUCUAGUGAAAUGCAGUGGUUUGGUGAAUGUGUAGGUGAGAUCAUUGCCAGCUGCCCACAAGACCCCAAAAAUUUGACAUUCUUUGACUGGCUGACCAGCUCUAAGUGGCAAGGCUCCAGCAGGAUUGCUGAGAUUAUUAUUGAGGACCUAUGGCUUAAUCCUCUACAAUACUACUUUGUAGAGGAUGAUCCUAGAGGAAAAUACCCAGAACAUUCCCGAAACACCAGCUUCACUGAUGAAGAGGAUCAGGAACCCUCUUUUGCUAGCUUUCAAGAAUACUAGAGGAGCA